GUUGAUAACCAGUUUAUAAUAGCAAUAAGGCACCGUGGUAUAUUGGCCAUAUACCACACCCCCCUCGUGCAUUAUGGCUUAAAUAUACAGUGCAUUUAGAACGCAUUCACAUUUUACACAUUUUACACAUUUUGUUGUUACAGCCGAAUUUAAAAUGAAUUCAAAUGUUUUUCUUUGUCACUGGCCUACACACAAUAGCUUAAUGUCAAUUUAUUUUUUAUUUUUUUCAUAAAUUCUUUACUAAUGUUAAUUUUUCUUACACUUUGACCUUAGAAUUGUGUGGAUUGUUGACAAAAAAUGUGUUUAAAUAAAUUUAAAUCCCACUCUAACACAACAAAUUGUGGAAAAAAAGUCAAGGGGCGUGAAUACUUUCUGAAUGUUGAAAAAUCUAUUUAAUGGUAAUUUGCAGUUCUUAUUGAACAUGCAAAGGCAGUGUGAGCAGUACGUUUUGUUGUCCGUAGCGGCACGCACAAACACACACCCUAUUACCACCACCGCUCGGAUUCAGUGAGAGAUAACGAUCACUCCCAGAAAGCCUGAUUUUCACCAAUCAUCUGGGAGAUCAGUGCUGGGAUGUCGUGGUGAGAUCACAGCCAACCAGCCUUGGGACCUGCAUAGUCAACAAGACUCCCCCUCUCUAUUUUCUCUUUUCUCACUGUCAUGGUCCAAAUUAUAUUGAUUCAAUUGUUGUAAAGAAUGAGAGAGGUCUGUCCGUGAUAAAGAUCUGCUCUGCUCUGCUCUGCUUCUUUUUUUUUUUUUUUUGACACCACACUCCACAAAGCAAGUCCUGCAGCCUCUAUUUUGAUCCCAUCUUGAUUAUUGUCCAGCCAUAUGGUUAAGUGCUGCAAAGAAUGCCCUAGUUAAGCUGCAGCUGGCCCAGGACAGAGCGGCUAAUAUCAAUGCUAUGCAUGCCAGACUCUUGGCUAAAAGUUGAGGAAAGACUGACUGCAUUGCUUCUUGUUUUUAUAUUCAUGUGUUGGAAAUUCUGGAUUGUUUGCAUAAUCAACUUACACACAGAACUGGCACACACACUUACCCCACCAGACAUGCCACCAGGGGUCUUUUCACAGUCCCCAGGUCCAGAACACACUUACCCCACCAGACAUGCCACCAGGGGUCUUUUCACAGUCCCCAGGUCCAGAACACACUUACCCCACCAGACAUGCCACCAGGGGUCUUUUCACAGUCCCCAGGUCCAGAACACACUUACCCCACCAGACAUGCCACCAGGGGUCUUUUCACAGUCCCCAGGUCCAGAACACACUUACCCCACCAGACAUGCCACCAGGGGUCUUUUCACAGUCCCCAGGUCCAGAACACACUUACCCCACCAGACAUGCCACCAGGGGUCUUUUCACAGUCCCCAGGUCCAGAACACACUUACCCCACCAGACAUGCCACCAGGGGUCUUUUCACAGUCCCCAGGUCCAGAACACACUUACCCCACCAGACAUGCCACCAGGGGUCUUUUCACAGUCCCCAGGUCCAGAACACACUUACCCCACCAGACAUGCCACCAGGGGUCUUUUCACAGUCCCCAGGUCCAGAACACACUUACCCCACCAGACAUGCCACCAGGGGUCUUUUCACAGUCCCCAGGUCCAGAACACACUUACCCCACCAGACAUGCCACCAGGGGUCUUUUCACAGUCCCCAGGUCCAGAACACACUUACCCCACCAGACAUGCCACCAGGGGUCUUUUCACAGUCCCCAGGUCCAGAACACACUUACCCCACCAGACAUGCCACCAGGGGUCUUUUCACAGUCCCCAGGUCCAGAACACACUUACCCCACCAGACAUGCCACCAGGGGUCUUUUCACAGUCCCCAGGUCCAGAACAAAUUCAAUGAAAUGUACAUGUUAUUCAGAGCCAUACCUGCAUGGAACUCCCUUCCAUCUCAUACAGCGCAAGUGAACAGCAAACCUGGUUUCAAAAAACAGAUAAAGCAGCACCUCACGGCACAACGCCUCUCCCAUGUGACCUUUUUGUGUGUGUACUGACAUGUAAUUGAUAGAUGAACAAACACACUACAUGUUAAUGUUUGUCAAAUCUUUUGUCUGUAUUUUUCGUUAUGUGUUGGACCCCAGUAAGACUAGCUGUCGCUAAUGAGGAUCCUAAUAAAAUAAAAACCUCUCCUCUCACUCUUUUAUUUAUAUAUAUAUAUAUAUAUAUAUAUAUAUUCAUGCCCUCUUCCCACCACAAAUACCAGGCCAGUGUUGUCUGUCUAUUUGAACUGAUGAGAAUUAGCUCUGGUAGACCCAGACCAUAAUCCCCCUCAGCAGACAGUCUGUGAGAGAGAGAGCUCUGAGGUAGACAGAACUAGCCACUAGCCAGCCCUAAACGGGGCCUGGGGAGAUGAGUGGGUGGGGUGAUAAUGUUAAUGAUGACGGCCUCUAAGAGGAGACAAUGUUCUGGAUAUUAACAUUGUGAGUUAUUCUCUAUCAACAAACAAGCCAAGAAGUUUAGGAUGGAUCAGGACUGGUUCUAUCCAGAGUCAAUAUAGGAUAAAUGAGAGGGUUUCCAAAAGGUAAUGUCUCCAAAGACAUUCCUGGGUUAUGUCCCAAAUGGCAUCCCAUUCUUUAUGAAGUGUACUACUUUUGACCAGAGCCCUAUGGGCCCAUAGGGUUCCAUUUGGGACACAACCUUGUCCUGAAGCCAGCCUGGAGGGUUAUUAGACCCAAUGAAUCUACUCUUCCUGUUCUCUGCCGGGAAAUGUACUCACCAUUAUCUUGAGUAAUAUGUGUGUGCGUGUGAGAGACCCUAAGAUGAUCUUCUAGCCAAAUGGCAGAGAGCUGAGUAUAACAGACUUCUAGAGUCCAGGGGAUAAAGCUAAACAAAAAUCCCAUGACUGAAACUUACGUUGAUCUCAGGUCGAUUGACUGGGGCCAAGUUAACCUCCUCUUUCAUGUAGGAAAGUCAUGACCAUCAUGCUUUUAGGGAAUGAUAAUCAUUUUAUACAGAAUUGUUCAAAGCUCAAUUCUGGGGACUUUUUUAACAGACAACCUACCCUCCAGAAAUGGGCCCAAUAACAUAUUGGAAAAAAUGGUUGACAUUAUUUUCACAUAUUGGACCAUGCAUGGUCUAUAUUAUCAGAUGUGUUAUCAGCAAUAUACAGUGCCUUGCAAAAGUAUUCAUCCCCCUUGGUGUUUUUCCUAUAUUGUUGCAUUACAACCUGUAAUUUAAAUUGAUGUUUUAUUUGGAUUUCAUGUAAUGAACAUACACACAAUAGUCCAAAUUGGUGAAGUGAAAUGAAACAAAUGACUUGUUUAAAAAAUGUCUUACCAAUUAAAAAACGGAAAAUUGGUGUGUGCAUAUGUAUUCACCCCCUUUGCUAAGAAGCCCCUAAAUAAGA